UCACUCGGAGUUGCCCAUAAAUGCAUCACUCGGAGGCGUUGCCACUGAAGUCGUGGCCGCAUCGGCAGUCUGAUGAUCCGCCAAGCUGCUUCCUACCGCGUCCCUCCCUUAUACCUCCCACUCCAUCUCUUAUUUCUCACCGAACCCACUCGACUGUAGGGAUGGAGAACUGCUACAAAGUAGUCCAGGACCACUGAAGACCGAGUCACCACGGAAACGCGGAAAAAAAAAGCCAGGGAGAAGGACGCCUUGACGAGUGUGUAGCGGAAACGUCACCAUAUGGUUGGUUUGAAAAGAGGCUGCUUCAUAGGACUGACAUCAAAGUCAAACUUAUUUUCGACAAAACUUCACCUUUUAUUUAUUUAGAGGUGUUUUGUUUUUUUAAAUCGGCUUGCUUGCUCCACCUGUGCGCGGCGGCGUCCACACCUCUGUUUGGCUAGUUGCUCAUUGCACCACCCCGAAGACAACACAAGACGAGCUGCAGGUUUGUGGCGAUAUUGAAUUAGAUUGUUAACUUGUUCAAACACAAGAGGAGGGACAAUCCCCAAUCGAAGUCCCCGCUCGCCUAUGAACCGAUCUACCCGGAAUAAGGACAUGUCUGGCCGGACUGUGAGCAUCCCGGACGACCGGGCGUUCGCCAGCUUCAAGGCUGAGUGCCUGUGCGAGGAAGGCUGGAGUGGGACCUACAGCAAGGGGGACAUCACGGUGUGGACCCAGGCGUUGGAGGAGGGCAAGUCGGUCCACAAAAUGAAAUGUCGGAUGGUCUGUAAGGAGGUGUCAGCUGAGACCAUGUAUGAUGUCCUCCAUGACAUCGAGUACAGAAAGAAAUGGGACACAAAUGUCAUUGAAACCUUCGAUAUUGGAAAACUUACGGUCAAUGCCGAUGUUGGCUACUACUCAUGGAAGUGUCCAAAUCCGCUCCGUAACAGAGAUGUCAUCACGCUUCGCUCCUGGUUGCAGAUAGGGAAAGAUUACAUCAUCAUGAACUAUUCUGUUAAACAUGCCAAAUAUCCACCUAAGAAGGACAUGGUUAGAGCCGUAUCCCUCCAGACUGGCUACAUGAUCCAGAGCCAGGGACCCAAGCACUGUGUCCUCACAUACAUGGCGCAGGUAGAUCCACGAGGUUCUUUACCGAAGUGGGUUGUCAACAAGUCUUCUCACUUUCUUGCUCCUCGUGCAAUGAAGAAGAUCAACAAAGCAUGUUUGAAGUAUUACGAUUGGAAGCAGAGACACAACCCAGGAUUCAAGCCAUGGCUCUACCCCGAACAGACUACAUUACCCAGCAUUCCACUGUCUGAUCUUGGCAUUCAGCAUGCCGAGAGCCUGGAAAAUAUUGACGAAAGCUCCCUGGCUGAGACCCAUGAGAGGGAUGACAGUGACUAGCACACUGGAGUCAAACCCGGGUCAUGUAUUCACACACACACACACACACACACAUUGAUGCAGGGAUACAUGCAUGCCUGAUACACAAUCAUGAUUACACACGUGGAUGCGAUUCAUUUCAUACACGCAUAGACACACUGUACUAAAUAUAUCUCUACUCACGCUCACAAAACAUGUAUGGAAGCGUUCAUGCAAACACACAUUUGACUCCAUAUUUGUUUACAUAAUGCAUGCAUACUUGCAUCCUCUGUCGUCAAGAUACAAUCACAAAUUCAUACAAUCACAAGUACUUAUUUUUUACAACUGGGUUGUCAAAGUAAGAUUUGCCUGUUAAAAGAAUAUUUUCAAAUGAGAAAGAAUUUUUUUUCUGCAACAUUUACUUUCAUUCAGCAAAAACAAUGUAGCUCAAGAUAUGAUUGACACGCAUCACAUGUACACAAAAUGGCAAUUUACUUGCUUUCUACCAUCACUGUAGUUGUUUUGUAAGCACACAAGAAAUAUGCAGGCAGCUGUCGAUCCCAGCGAAUGUCAAUUCUAUAGUUGUGAGGACUCUCGUCAACUCAAUGCCUUACCUCAUGCUUAGCUUAAUCUUAGCUUAACCACAACCUUAAAAAACAAAUCUAAACCCGAGACUUUAGACAGAGUCUCCAAUGUGGAAGUGCCUUCGACCUGCAUUUUUUUCCAACAGCCAGCAGAGGGAGACUCCACCAAGAUGAUCACCACAAAAUGAUACAUGACAAAGCAAAGCGUUUGUCUUAAUGCUCAACUAUGCUUUUAUCUGGGAAAUGCCAAAUGUAGAAAAAUAUCCUUCGCUGUUGCAGUUUGAAAUCCCAGUCCUCACAAAGAUAGAACGACAAGUCCUCACGCAGCUGUAACAUGACAUUCUUUUCUCUACUCAAGUUUGAUGUAUGAAUGUACGUUUAGAAAUUUAAUACAGAUUCCUACAGAGGUUUUCAAACUUC